AUGGCGUUCAAUUUGAAAGGACUUAGCGAUUUGCUGCCUAGCUGGCCUGCUCAGAGCUCAGACGAAGAAGACUCCCGGCCUCAGACUGGUGAUAGUGCUGACCCAGACACUCUGGAGCACACCGAAUCAAUCACAUUGGCUAUUGCAGACCCGCAGCCCAUCUCAUCUGGUCCUAAGAGCUAUCUCGAUCUCAUCAAGGAAUGCGACAACUUUCCCUACUACCAAACAGACCCGAAACUUUUCUUCGCCCACAUCAACACCUACUACGCACUCUACGUCAAAGACUACCCCGAGACAGAAUUGGGAUACAUAUUGCCAUCAGUGGCAGAGGUCUUUCGGGGUCUUCCCGACUGGAAGAUCAAUGAUGAAGACCGCAGCCUGAUACUCGUGACAGGGUCAACGGAGGAGGAGAGGAGUAAGGUGGUGGAAGCUACAAUACGAGCGAUGCACGCGACAAACCAUUUCAAAGUUCUUGCCAAGUGGAGAGAUGAGCUGUACCCCGUGUAUGGACCCAAGGGAGAGCUGCUUUUCAGCUUAGAGAGAGCAGCCAGUGCUCUGUUUGGUAUCGUCACCUAUGGCAUUCACAUGACAGCAUACGUCAAGAGCAAAACAGACGACGGAAAGGAUCAGAUGAAAAUAUGGGUACCCAAGCGUGCGGUCACCAAGCAGACAUAUGGUGGAAUGCUCGACAACACAGUUGCCGGAGGUAUUGCGACUGGCGAGAAACCAUUUGAAAGCUUGGUACGCGAGUCGGCGGAGGAGGCCAGUCUGCCAGAGGACGUUGUCCGAGAUGGCGCCAAGGCGGUGGGAUCGGUGACCUACUUCUACAUUCGGGACGAGCGCGCUGGCGGCGAGACCAAGUUAUUGCAGCCUGAGGUCCAGUACGUGUACGAUCUGGAGCUCUCCGAAGAGGUGGUGCCCAAGCCAUCCGACGAUGAAGUUGAGCGAUUCGAUCUCCGGACGAUAGAUGAGGUGAAGGAUUCAUUGAGGAACGGCGAGUUCAAGCCAAACUGCGCGCUUGUCAUGAUUGAUUUCUUCGUGCGACACGGCCUGAUAACGAUGGAGACGGACGAGGGCUACAUCGAAAUGGUAUCGAGGAUGCAUCGCCGGCUCGAGUUUCCAACGCUAUGA